AUUGCGUUAUCAACUCACCCACACAUCCAACACUUCAGUCUUCACGUUGACUCAAUUCUCCCGCCGGUCUAUCGGAGUUACAAAAAUGGCGUACUCCUCCGCCCUUUUCUCCCACAAUGUCUCUUUCACCACCACCCAAUUCUCCAAUCCUAAUCCUAAAUCCUACAAACUAAACAAUCGAAGAACCCUAACUGUAUCCGCACUAGGAGCCGAUACAUUUGACGGAACAACACUGGCCGUCAUCGGAGGCGGCUCAGUCGCAGCAAUCGCCGCCGCAAUUUCACUCGCAGACCCCGAGAAGCGCCGGCAGUUACAGGCGGAGGAGGUUGGCGGUGGUGAUAAGGAAGUCGUGAGGGAGUAUUUCACUAACGACGGGUUUCAGAGGUGGAAGAAGAUAUACGGAGACACCGAUGAUGUGAAUAAGGUUCAAUUAGAUAUACGAAUUGGACACGCGAAGACGGUGGAAAAUGUGAUGAAAAUGUUGACAGAUGAAGGUUCGCUACGAGGCGUUUCUGUCUGCGAUGCAGGAUGUGGCACUGGAUUGCUCUCUAUUCCCUUGGCCAAAGAAGGCGCCAUUGUUUCAGCUAGUGAUAUUUCAUCUUCCAUGGUUUCAGAAGCUCAGAAAAAGGCAAAAGAAGAAUUACAGGGGAAAGAUGAUCUACAGAUGCCCAAAUUUGAAGUGAGUGAUUUGGAAAGCUUAAAUGGGAAGUAUGAUACAGUAGUGUGUCUGGAUGUAUUAAUCCAUUACCCACAAAACAAGGCAGAUGGGAUGAUUGCACACCUUGCAUCACUUGCAGAAAACCGAUUAAUCCUCAGUUUUGCACCAAAAACAUUGUAUUAUGAUCUUCUGAAGAGAAUUGGAGAGCUUUUUCCAGGACCUUCAAAGGCAACAAGAGCAUAUCUUCAUUCAGAAGCUGAUAUAGAGCGUGCAUUGCAAAAAGUUGGGUGGAAAAUAAGAAAGAGGGGCCUCACUACCACACAGUUUUAUUUUUCAAGGAUUGUUGAAGCUGUUCCUGCUUAGUAUGAAAAGAGGUACUCAGUUAUGAUUAUGAACUCAACCUUGAAAAUUGAAAAUGAAAUUCCAAGUUAUUUUGUAAUCUGCUCUCGUUUUGUUCAUGUAUUGUUUAACACAAUGUACAUUAGUGUAGAUGAUUGAGGAAUGAGGAUAUCCUUAUGCAACAACUCUAGAAUUUGCAGUGAAAAGAGCAUAUGAAUCUUUAUGUUUAUAUUCA